UUACGUAGCAACUUCCUCAUUGGCCGAUUGUGCAUUCCAACUUCCGGUGAACUGUCAUACUGUCGUUUCUGUGUAUACGGAGGUAAACAAUGUUCGCCUAUUCAAGUUUUUUGGGAAAUCUGCCAAGGUUGUCUUUUGCAGACGUUCAUCGUCUGGUGAACCGUCACUCGACAACACCCCGCUCCAAACUGGACAAGGGAUACAGCUUGUUUUUUGAGAAAUUCAUUCACGACUAUGAAGAUUGUUUUCCAAGCUGAAGCUCCAGAACUGCAAGGAACAUCAUGCAGCUGUACAGCAGGGAAGGUCCUCUGCAACCACCUUGUGGCCUUGCUAUUCCAGUCGGCCCAUUACUGCAUGUUGAAGGUGACAGCUGUACCACCACCUGUGCCCUGCACAAGCUCCCUUCAAGCAUGGCAUCGGCCUAGGACCAUGGGGAUCCAUGCAGAACCGGUUCAGGACUUGGUAGUCAGGAAGCCAAAGCCAUCCACCAGGAGCGUGUGCAAAUCAACACUCUAUCAAGCAUACACUGGACCCCUGCCUGAUCCCAACAUGCUGGCUAUUGGGGAGAAGCUCACAAACAUCAGGCCGCAACCACUGAUCUCGUCUGUGCUGCACGGCCUAUCGCAGCUGUCGAUGGUAGACUCCAAGUUCGGACCUGUGCCACGAGGAUCCCCCCUGUCAUACCAGUGUCCUCCUGUGGUCAAAUGUGGGGAUUACAUCCAGCACCCAGAGGCACCAGCAUUCCCGAAUCUGCCCUUAGAGGACUCAACAUUUCCCACCCAAAUUCCACAAUUUGAAAAAAACUCAAUCCAAAUUUUGCAUUUCGACACUUUAACUGUUACAUAUAAUAUGGCAAGUGACAUAGAGAAGCAGACAAGAGAACAGUCUGAGUGCCCACUAUGGCAAGCUCUACGAAAGCCGAGAGUAACAGCAAGUAGAUUUUAUGAGGUUAGCCACGUCAGAGGGGUGUCCUCUGGUGAGUCCCUGGCAUUGAGAAUACUUAAGGGCACUCGCCAGACUCCUGCCAUGAAGAGGGGGCUGGAGCGGGAGCCACAGGUGCUGGAGCACUAUGCACAGGUGUGCAAUGUCAAUGUGGGUCGCUGUGGGUUAGUCAUUCACCCUCAAGCUCCUCACCUGGGGGCUAGCCCUGAUGCAAGGGUAUAUGACCCAAAUGAAAUUCCAUGUUUUGGCCUUGCUGAGGUGAAAUGCCCAGCCAUUUCAAACAUCACACAGGCAGGACAUGUAAAAAUUACUAAUGGGAAGGCGAAACUUAAAAGAAACCACAAGUACUACUGGCAGGUUCAAGGCCAACUUGCAGUAACUGGCUUGAGUUGGUGCGAUUUCAUUACGGAUACAGAGGAGGACUUAACCAUUGAAAGAGUGUGGAGGGAUGAUGAAUUGAUUGGAGAGAUGAAGGAGAAGGUUGACGUGUACUUUUUUGGUACAUUCAUGAAUGUUUAUCUUUUGCCCAAAGAAGUGUAAUUAACCAAAUGAUUAUUGAAAGAAUUCAUGAAUAAAUGAAGUGCACGACUAAAGGUUUCCAUGAUUUCCUCGUUCGAGUACGCAAGUAUAUCCUAACAUUACACAUCUAUUUUAACAUUACAUAUUACAGAUUGCAGUUUACAAGUUAUUCUGUUUUUAUUCAAGGUAAUAUCUC